GAUGUAGAACUAUGGUAGUUAAAGAGGGGGAGAGAAAGAAAGAGAUUCAAUGGAUUUUGCCCAGUACACUUGCAAGGUUUCCAAGAAGAUCCAGCAGGACAAGGUGAGAGGAGAUGAGAAAGGGGUAGCAUGGUCCAUUCGGGUUGGAUGUACCAAAAUAAGUGACCACAAUGGGCGAUGUGGCUCAAGGGAACCGGGCUGGGAUUUCACACAAGACCGCUGUUGUGUAGGGAGAGAGCGGCGGACAUCUAGGUGAUGCAUGCGGGGUCAGUGAUGCACCAAGACGAGUGUGGUGGAUUCCAGCAACCCGCCGCUGCAGAGAGCGAAGCCCGCUCGCUUACAUCCGGCCGAGAUGGCGCAUGGAUAGCGGAUCCCUUCAUACUACAAAACAUGACCAAGCGUUUAUAACAAAACCGGCAGUUUGGGAGCUAAACUAAGGAAUUCGAUGCUUGCACUAGCAGGAAGAAUACAAACCCGCAUUUCCAUUGAGACUCAGAGGCUUCUGGAUGAGAAAGGAUGCCAUCUCCAUAAAACCUAUCAUACAUAGCUAACGGAGAGGGCCAGCUUGCGUUUUUUCCACCAUACUAGAUUGGUUUGAGUAGGCCGGUUGUGAUUCGUGAACCACAAGCUGUAACGAUGUUGGUGAGAUGCCACCGGAGCAAACUGUCGGUGUGGGCCGUUCUGUGUGUGCUCGUGUUAUGCUGGCUCUACAUUUUCCCAGUGUACAGACUCCGGAGCGACAAGGAGAUAGUUGAUGAAGUGCUGCGGCAGGGACAAGUAUGGCAGAGGAACCAGACGGACAUCGAUCUGUUCAGGAAGCUGCUUUCAGAGUGCUGUGACCCAAGGAGAAUGUUUGCGGUGACCAAGCAGAAUUCACCUAUGGGGAAGGUCCUGUGGUAUGACGGAGAGUUUUACCACUCACACACAGUCAACAAUGAGACCUACUCUCUCUUUGUGCAGGAGACACCUCUUCAGCAUCCCCUCAAAAAGUGUUCGGUGGUGGGCAAUGGAGGGGUCCUGAAGCACAGCGGCUGUGGGAAGGACAUUGACCAGGCUGACUUUGUCAUGCGGUGCAACCUUCCACCACUGUCUAGGGAGUAUGUUGAGGAUGUGGGGACCAGAACCAACCUGGUGACAGCCAACCCCAGCAUCAUUGAGAAGAGGUUCCAGAACCUUCUUUGGUCGCGGAAAAGCUUUGUGGAGAGCAUGAAGGCCUACGGCUCCAGCUACAUUUACAUGCCAGCCUUCUCCAUGAAGCCGGGCACCGACCCCUCCCUGCGGGCACACUACGCCCUUGCCGACACCUCGUCCAACCUCACCAUGCUGUUUGCCAACCCCGAGUUUCUCAGGACCGUGGGAAAGUUCUGGAAGGGUCGCGGAGUACAUGCCAAGCGCCUGUCCACAGGUCUCUUCCUGGUCAGCCUGGCGCUGGGGCUGUGUGAGGAGGUGACGGCCUACGGCUUCUGGCCAUUCAGCGUUGGGCUCGACGAGCAGCCCGUCAGCCACCACUACUACGAUAACGUGCUGCCGUUCAGCGGGUUCCACGCCAUGCCUGAGGAGUUUGUCCAGCUCUGGCAGUUGCACAAGAGCGGUACACUGCGUAUGAGGGUGGGACACUGCCCACCUCGGGAAGGGGCUAUAUAAGACUCAAGGGACCCUCCCCUAAUAAAUCUUCCCUUCCUUUCGCUUACAACCCUCCAGCCCCCUGCGAUCGUCCCCAGCAAACCACCUGCAAACCACCCCCUUUUCUCCACCAUUAGCAUGAGAAUGUAACCCAUGGUUACCCACCCAGCCGAGAAAGCCCCCACACACCAUCUCUCUCUCUAUCCUGCCCUCCAUCCACUCUCACUAUGUGUGUGUUUGUGUGCGUGCGUGUGUGUGUGUUUGUGUGUGUGUGUGUGUGUGUGAGUGCAGAGAGGAGGUCUACUAACGGUCUCAGCUGGGGCUGGAGGAUUCGUUGUGUGUUGACUACUCAAUGUGACAUAGGGAGCAGCUGGGCCCAAUGCCCCCACUGAGUCUUUGUUAAACAGAGACAGAAGGAACAAUCCUAACCAAGAGGUUUUCAUAGAAGUUUUAAGAGAACAGACUGAAAGACUUGAAACACAGAAGGAAAAAGGAAAGGAGGAACCAAGAUGUCCUGGUACCAUGGGUGUCCU